AUGCCUUCGUGGUUGCUGGGCAGACGGGCGUCUGGUUGCGCAGUCGCAAGGGAAAGAGUUGCCGCGGACGAGGCGCGCGCCAAGGAGCUCCGGGAUCGCUUCGCGCAGAUGGCGCGCGACGCAGGGGGCGAGGCCACUGCUAGCAGGCUGCUGGGGACCGGGCAGGGGGCGUGCCCGGGCGUCGACGACGCGAGAUAUUUCUGCGAGGUCCUGGGCGGCCAGAUCGUCGUCGUGCACUGCGAGAACGAGGCGAACUCUGUUCAGAGCGUCUACGGCGAAGGCCCGUUGACAGCGCUUUUUCGGCUUCAUAAGCAAUCAUCUGGGGGCGGGCACGAGGUCGACCAUUUGUCGUGUCUGCAGAGUUGGGUUCCGCGAGUUCCAGAGGCCUGUGCGUAUGAGAGCGAGCGCGAGGAUGCGCCCGCCGAUCCGACUAGCGACGAGAGCUCCAUACAGCGACGGUUGAAACUUCCAGGCGCAGCUACAAGCAGUCCUGAAUUCGACGAGUUCAUGAUGGAGGUGGAGAGCGAGCGGAGCUGGUUGGAAAAUUUAACGCCAGACCCUGAUCCGCCUGCUCAGAGCAUGCUCGUGCAGACGGAGGCGGUGAAGGCGCUCAUAGAGAAGAAAUACGCCUCUUGGGACCCGUACCUGAGGCGGAUUGUCCUGGGGGCGCUAGUUAUGUAUCGAUGCCGGCUAUCCGACAUCUACGUUCGAGAGUACGUCAUGAUGAUGCACAUCGUACUUGGCGGUGACUACCUCGUCGCCCACGACGGGAUCAUGUAUUUCUGGAAUGGGAAUAUUCGGUUCUUCGAGAAGUGCGAAGGUCUCAUGCCAGAGAUUGUGUAUGCUGCUCUGAAGGAGUACCUCUUGACAUUAGAGGGGCUCUUCCGGUCGUUUACUGGCGACCUUCGGCGGGAUGACGAGGCCGCGCUGUCCGCUAUCGAGGGGUCGUUGGAGAAGAGCGGGCCGGAGGCGAAGAAGGCGUUCGCCGCGUGGCGCGACAGCGCCAUCUUCAACAGAGGAGGCAGAGGCUUUGGCAAGGGCGGCGGCAUGGGAGGCGCGGGAGACACUGCGGUAGAAUUCGAUGGCCUCACGCAGACGGAAGCGCAUGGACUGGAGGGAGAUGCGCCCGCGCUGGCGGACGACAGCGCCGCGCGCAGCGCGCCGUGGUACAUUGCGAUCGCAGUGGGCGUUGCCCGAGUUGGGCGAAGCUUACAGAUCCAGAUGAUUCAGAACAAGCUGCCGUCGUUCUAUUGCGAAUGGUGCGAAACUCCGCGCCCCUCCUACCGGGGCGUCGCCCGCCCCGACAUCGCGUUCGUCUACGACCAGGGCGGGCGCCCGAUGAAGCAAAUCGCAAAGGAGAGUGAACGCAGGAGCAUAUACAUCGGCAUGCCGCACAAAAUCCAGGCUUAUUUGGGCGACCCAGCGUUGGAGGCGGCCGCGAAACGAUUGGAUCAGUUCUACCGGCAGACAUUCUGGGCAAACGCCGCCGCGCACAAAGUGUGCAUGGCCGCCCUCGCCCUGGCGAAGAGAGGGUUGAACGUCGACCAGCUGUUCUUCUUCUGGGGGGCUGGCGGCGUCGGGCUUUCGCUGACGACGGCCCAGCUCGACGCCAUGCUGGGGCGCUCCAACCACAAGUAUUUCGACCCGCAGGUGUUCUAUCUGGACGAGGAGAUGCGGAAGACGGUGGAGUCGCUCAAGGGCGCAAUCGUCCUCACGGCACAGGAGAAGCCAGAAGGCUUGAAGAAGAGCUUCCGGGAGGACUUGUUCAAGAAGCUGGCGUCUGCCGAUGGCAUUUUUGGUCGACUCCCGUAUCAGAUUUUGACAAAGGUUAUAUAUCUGAUCGGGUGGGAACGCAUGGAGCUAAAUAAGCUCAUCACUUACGACGGAGUCACUGAGGGUGCACUCCACGCAAUUUACCGGAGGUCUCUUCUGAUCAAGAUUUUCGCUAGGUUUGUCGAUGCGGAGUACAUCAGGCGCGCCUUACCGAACGCGGAGAAGUACGGCAUCUUCCCGCGGGCGCCGGAUCUGAAGCCAUUCAUGCAGUCGGGGCCCGCCAUCGCCGCUGGUCUGCAACGACAGCUAGGCUUCGAGCGGAAAUAUUGCGAAGCCGCAGCGAGGUCGGUGAUAGACGACUACUGCCUGCGCGGAGGAGAUCACGGGCUCACGGAGAAAUGCAUGCGACAGGCGUGUCUUCUUCCGGCGACGAAGCAGCCGCAGCCUGGCGGCCAGAGAAGCGCGGCUGCCCCGCCGCCCGGCGCCGACUUCGACGUCGGAGUGGGCGGAUCGCAGGAGACGGAAGAGCCCAUGGCGCAGCUGCGCCGCCACGUCAUUAAUCAGAUGCUCGAGCGGAGCUUCGACGCCUUGACGUUUCCAUAUUUCAAGCAGAUGCCGGCAGGGCAGGUUCAGGGCGUGCCGGAGAGGAAACCGAUUGUGUGGAGGGCGAUGGAGUCCGCCGGGUGGUCGAAGGCUGGUCUGUAUGGCAAAGCGAAGGACCGUUUUUUACCGAAAUUGUUGACCGCCCGCAAGUUCGAUGAUUUUUGGGGCCGCGCGGCGCUGAGCUGCUACGCGAACGGCAACGCUUGUCGCAAGCGCAACAUCGACAUCGUGAUUGAGGCCCUAGGUGCCGUCCCAAAGCCGCGCGGGCGGAAGAAGCGCGGAACGGAGACCGAGAUGGGCGGCGACGCCCAUCUGCGCGCGGUCGGCGCGCCCAUCCAGGCAGGAGAGCUCGCUCUGGAAGGGUUGCUCGAGAGCAUGCGCGGGCGGCCGACCGUGGUGCCCGCCGACGCACCAGCGGAGAAGAAGAGGGCACCGGCGGCGCAGGGGUGCCCGGCGUGCGUUCUACAUCCGACGUUGCAAGGCACCGUGGAUCUCGACAUCCACAGCGCGGUCCUGGUCAUCACUUGGCAGCUCGUGGAGAAAAUGGACAUGGACGACAAGGGCCUGUUCAGAGAGGAGGUUGAGUUGUUGAAGCGGCUGGCCGAGGACAGGGGCGAGGUACUGCGCGGCGAGUUGCCGGACAUGGGGCCCGAAGCGGCCAAGCGCUCCGUACUCGAGACCAUCGGCGGGUCCCAUUCUUUUGACGUCGAUGCCGAGCCCUUCGCCAAGAAGUUGCAGCGCGUGAGCCGCUUGCCCGAGAUAUACGAGAGCUUCUGCCAGGACGCCGCGCAGGGCGACGGCGAGAAGACAGAGAAGUGGCCGGAGGGGCAAACGUUCUCGACUUUCUACCAGCGCGCGGAGGACUACAUCCUCCGCCAGUGGCAGGCGUGGGUGCUAGCGCACCCGGUGAAGCAUUUGUCCCUGCAUUUCGACGGCGUCAGGGUCAGCAGGGGCGCGGUGCUCGCCAACCAUGCCACCGUGGCGGACUACGCCGCUGACGCGAGUGCUUACAUCGCGAGGGAAACAGGCUUCGUAGUCAAAAUCACAGGGAAGACCCACCCGACGAUCGCGGAGGCACUCACGAGCUGCAAGGCGUGGCGGCCAGUGGAGGCACCAGCGGCGCCCAACGACCUACUGAAGCCAGGCAAUGGCAUUCUGUUGGCGUUGUGGCGAUGCGGCGAUGCCAGGGUGUCCACGUCCGUUGACUCUGGCGCCUGCGCCACGUCCGUGGAGAACAAUGCUGCCGGCGUGGAGAAAGGGAGGACGUAUGCGGAGUGUUGCCUGGAACACGGCGUGUCAGCGACGCCGCAGCUGGGUUUCGAUGCUUGCGUGAAGGGCCACUAUCUUCUCCACAUGGAUGGGGGCGGUUCGCCAUCGUGCGCACUCGUCCACGUGGGGGCUGAGCUCGACAAGGCGACGGUUUAUUUUCAUGGCAAAGCCGGCGAGGUGAGUCUGGCAGCGGUCCAUGAUGCCGUCCUCGCCGGGCGAGACUCGAGGCUAGCAGUCACGUUUCACGUUGAUUUAUCUCCGGCGGCGCAGGCGGCCGCCGAUGGCAGCGGCGACGCCGAGCGCUUGGAAGCGCUCUUGAAUAUGAUGGCGCGAGCUGGCGCCCUGGCUUACAUCCAGUAG